CAUGGAUAAGUGAAGUAUAAAUAUCAAUCACUCACUCACUCAAUCGAACACAUAAAAGACUUUCUCAAGAAACCAAAGAAAGAUACAAACCACAGCCUCUUUAUUUUUGUUUUCUUAUCUAUCUUGAUUAAUAAUGACUGUUAAGCCCAACGUCAUACCUUACGAUCUGACUAAAGAACAGAUCCAGAGCUACAAGGAUGAUGGCUUUAUCUUGAUCGAAGACUUUUUUUCUGCCGACGAACAUGCCACUCUGACUGGAUACUGCAAUCAGUUUCAGGGCUGGGGCCAGGAGAAGGGUAAAUGGAUGCAGUACUAUGAGCGCAACACUGUGUCUGGGAAGGAUCAACUCUGCCGUACCGAGAAUUUCACUCCAUUCCAUCAGGGAAUGUGUGACUAUGUGAAGAGCGAACGUCUGUUUACUAUCCUCAAGAAGCUUCAUGGUGAAGAUUACUUGCUUUUCAAGGAAAAGGUGAAUUACAAGCUACCAGGUGGAGGUGGAUUCCCUCCUCAUCAAGAUGCUCCAGCUUUUAUACAGUUCGGACAGGCUUCCCAUAUGACGGUGAUGUUCACUAUUGAUCCCACCGUAGCUGCCAAUGGUUGUCUUGAGGUUGUUCCUGGGUCCCAUAAGAACUCUUUUGAGAAAGGUAUUCUUCCUCAGGAGGUCUAUGACGGUUCAAUUGCUAGAACAUGGUGCGACAAGCAGACCUGGAUCCCUGUACAUUGUAGACCUGGCUCUGUGUUGAUCUUUGGGGCUUAUUUGGCCCAUCGUAGUGGUGACAAUACCACUGACAAGCCUCGUGUGGCAGUCUAUUUGACCUACAACGCUGCCAGAGAGGGUGACAAGCGAGACACUUAUUAUGCAGAGAAGAGGAGACUGUUUCCACCAGCUUAUGAGCGUGAACCUGGUAUUGAUUACAGCCAGGGUGCAAUUGUCUACAAUUUGGCUACACCAAUCAACUCCUAAGAAAACCCAACAAAAAAAACGAUAUGUAUGUAUCAUAGUGGCUACAAUCAUACAUUUAUAAGCACCAAUAUUAUACUAAAGUCUUUAUGCUUGGCAACCGUCUCCUGAAUUGUCUUUUUUUUUUUGCUUAUGUCUUCUCCUAGCAACAAGAAAACAAAAUUUCCAAAAUACAAUAAGAUAUAAUACAAUACAAUAAAACAGGGGAAUUUAUUUUGGAGUGAAAUU